UCUCUAAAGUCUGUCGGUUUGGUUGUGGUCAGUAUGGUCCUUUGAACAGUCUCUCUCUGGCUCUCUGCAGAAAGCGGAGAGAAAUUCUCGAGAUUGGCGUCUCGAGAUAAAGACCAGCACAGGGGACCGUCUUCUUCACCCUCGUUCUCUCUCCCCAACUGGAACAAGAAAGCUCUGUUUGUCGCGGAGGAAGUGCGAGAGAGAGACAGAGAGAGAGAGAGCGCUGUGGACAUUACUCUCAUGAAGGAGAUAGGAGGCUCUCUUUGGCCGAGAGAGCCUGCCUGACCGACCCAGACAUCGCCAUUCGCGUUCACAACCUCGGAAGCUCGCCGCGGAUUCGCCGGACACGUCAUCUUCUUCCUCUCGAGAACCUUGGAGAAAAAGCAAGGCGAACGGGCCUGCGAUGGCGUUAAUAAUGCACAAGGAGUGCUCGAGCAAGCAGAUGGACGCGAGCAAGUACGUGCGGUACACGCCCGAGCAGGUGGAGGCGCUGGAGAGGGUCUACAACGAGUGCCCCAAGCCCAGCUCGCUGAGGCGGCAACAGCUGAUCCGAGAGUGCCCCAUCCUCUGCAACAUCGAGCCCAAGCAGAUCAAAGUCUGGUUCCAGAAUCGCAGAUGUCGGGAAAAGCAGAGGAAGGAAGCAUUCCGUCUCCAAACUGUUAACAGAAAGCUGACAGCCAUGAACAAGCUGUUAAUGGAAGAGAAUGAUCGCCUCCAGAAACAAGUUUCACAAUUGGUUUAUGAGAACGGCCACAUGCGGCACCAGCUGCAUAGCGCAUCAACAGUGACCACAGACAAUAGCUGUGAGUCUGUGGUCAUGAGCGGUCAGCACCAACAGCAGCAUAACCCAACACCUCAGCAUCCGGAAAAGGAUGCCAGCAGCCCAGCUGGUCUUCUUACGAUUGCUGCGGAGGCCCUCACACAGUUCCUUGCCAAGGCUACUGGAACUGCUGUUGACUGGGUACAGAUGAUUGGGAUGAAGCCUGGUCCGGAUUCUAUUGGAAUCGUUGCUGUUUCCCGCAAUUGCAAUGGGGUGGCAGCGCGAGUCUGCGGUCUCGUGAGUCUAGAGCCCAUGAAGGUCGCCGAAAUUCUCAAAGAUCGUCCAUCUUGGUUUCGCGACUGUCGAUGCCUUGAGGUUCUUAGUGUGAUUCCUACAGGGAAUGGGGGGACGAUAGAGCUUGUAUACAUGCAGACCUAUGCACCCACAACUCUGGCAGCAGCACGUGAUUUUUGGACACUUCGAUAUACCACUACCCUGGAAGAUGGCAGUCUUGUGAUAUGUGAGAGGUCAUUGACUACGAUUACUGGUGGCCCAUCCGGGCCAUCGUCUUCAAAUUUUGUGAGAGCCGAAGUUCUUCCAAGUGGUUAUCUCAUCCGACCUUGUGACGGCGGUGGUGCCAUCAUUCAUAUUGUGGAUCAUGUUGAUCUAGAUGCUUGGAGUGUCCCUGAAGUUCUCAGACCACUUUAUGAAUCGUCCAAAAUUCUUGCGCAGAAGAUGACUGUUGCUGCUUUGCGCCAUAUUAGACAAAUAGCCCAAGAAACUAGUGGGGAGAUUCAGUAUGGAGGAAGCCGACAACCGGCAGUCUUGAGGACAUUUAGCCAGAAAUUGUGCAGGGGGUUUAAUGAUGCUGUGAGUGGAUUUGUGGAUGACGGAUGGUCUGUUCUAAGUAGCGAUGGGGUAGAAGAUGUCACCAUUGCUGUCAACUCAUCUCCAAAUAAAUUUCUUGGUUCGCAAUAUAAUGCAUCCAUGUUUCCAAAUUUUGGAAGAGGGGUGCUCUGUGCCAAGGCUUCCAUGCUUCUUCAGAAUGUUCCGCCUGCUGUACUUGUACGCUUUCUGAGGGAGCACCGCUCUGAGUGGGCUGACCAUGGAAUUGAUGCAUACUCAGCUGCAUCUCUGAAAACUAGUCCUUACGCCAUUCCAUGUGUGAGACCUGGUGGCUUCCCUAGUAGCCAUGUCAUUUUGCCUCUUGCCCACACUGUAGAGCAAGAGGAGUUCUUGGAGGUGGUUCGGCUAGAGGGUCAUGCAUUCUCACCUGAAGAUAUACCUAUGGCACAUGAUAUGUAUUUACUUCAGUUAUGCAGUGGGGUAGAUGAAAAUGCAGUUGGUGCCUGUGCUCAGCUUGUCUUUGCUCCUAUUGAUGAAUCUUUCGCAGAUGAUGCUCCUUUGUUGCCAUCUGGCUUUCGUGUCAUACAAUUGGAUCCUAAAACAGAUGGGCCUGGCCCUACUCGGACAUUGGACCUGGCCUCCACGCUGGAGGUGGGAUCUAGUGGUGCUCGUCCUACUUGUGAAGCUGAUGCUAGCACCUACAACCUACGAUCCGUCCUGACCAUUGCAUUCCAAUUCGUGUUUGAGAACCAUUUACGGGACACUGUUGCGAUCAUGGCCCGUCAAUAUGUGCGUAGUGUUGUGGGAUCUGUCCAGAGGGUUGCCAUGGCAAUUGCGCCUUCCAGGCUAAGUGGCCAUCUGGGGCCAAAAUCUCUAUCUGGUUCUCCUGAAGCUCUUACGCUAGCACGAUGGAUCUGCCGAAGCUAUAGAAUUUGUACUGGAGCUGAACUGUUAAGUGGGGACACCCAAGCUGGUGAUGCUGCUUUGAAGCAAUUUUGGCACCAUUCUGAUGCAAUUAUGUGCUGCUCCGUGAAUACAAAUGCGGCUUCUCCCGUCUUCACCUUCGCCAACCAAGCUGGACUCGAUAUGCUUGAAACUACUCUGGUGGCCCUCCAAGAUAUUAUGCUGGAAAAGGUUCUUGAUGAAGGUGGCAGGAAAGUUCUUUCUUCGGAGUUCUCGAAGAUCAUGCAGCAGGGUAUUGCGUAUCUGCCAGCCGGAGUGUGCGUUUCUAGCAUGGGAAGGCCGGUGGCUUAUGAGCAAGCCGUCGCAUGGAAAGUUCUCAACGACGAUGAUUCCCACCACUGUCUUGCCUUCAUGUUCAUGAACUGGUCUUUUGUGUAGGAGGAACAAAGUAUUCACCGGUCUCAUUUUGGCGUAUAUGCACGCUUUAAAUUAUAUAAAGCUUGUUUUGAGCAUCAACUGCAAGAACUUGAAAGACCUUACAUUUGCAUGUACUCAUUGCACCAGAUCACUGCUAUUAUUAUUGUUGUUGUUGUUGU